UUCACCAAAUUCCAACCCAACAUGAACCUAAUACACUUCCAAGGUGAUGCCUUCUCGUCGGAUGAUGCUCUUCAGCUCACAAAGAACCGACUCGAUGGCCCCAUCACAAGCAGUGUUGGUCGGGCUUCAUAUGCUGAACCGGUUCGUGUUUGGGAUCGAACAACUGGGAAGCUCACAGACUUCACCACCCAUUUUACCUUUAUCAUGAAAGCCGUUGCUCCCACACAAUUCGGUGAUGGGAUAUCCUUCUUCCUUUCGCCUUUCCAAUCUGAAAUCCCACACAAUUCAACUGGUGGGUACCUUGGUCUCUUCAGUCCAGAAUCUGCAUUCGAUGAUACCAAUAAUUCCAUAGUUGCGGUUGAGUUCGACAGCUUUAACAACACGUGGGAUCCAAGCUCGGACCAUGUCGGAAUCAAUGUGAAUUCCAUUGUAUCAGUUGCGAAUGUUUCCUGGAGGAGUAGCAUGAAGCAGGGGAGAAAAGCUAAUGCUUGGAUAGAAUAUAAUUCUACCACAAAAAAUCUGAGUGUGUUCCUUACUUAUGCUGAUGAUCCAGUUUAUAUGGGUAAUUCUAGCGUUUGGUACAUCAUUGAUUUGAGGGAAGUUUUGCCAGAAUGGGUCUGUGUUGGAUUUUCUGCUUCUACAGGUUAUUGGGUUGAAUUACACAAAAUCCUGUCUUGGUCAUUCAAUUCAAGCUUGGAAGGUGAUGAUAAGGUUGGGAAAAACAACAAGGUUGUUUUGGGGGCUAGUUUAGGUGUCGGUCUUGGUUCUCUUAUUUGUGCUGCUGGAUUGUUAUGGUUCGCCAUUUGGAGAAAGAAACAUUACAGGAAGAAGGAAGUAGAAGGUAAAGGCUUGGAAGCUUCCAUUGAUGAUGAAUUUGAGAAAGGAACAGGACCGAAGAGAUUCACCUACCAGCAACUGAGUCAAGCAACAAAUGAUUUUUCUGAAGCAGGAAAGCUAGGAGAAGGAGGAUUUGGAGGUGUUUACAAAGGUCUUCUCACAAACGAAAACCUACAAGUGGCUGUGAAGAGAGUUUCAAAAGGAUCAAAACAGGGGAAAAAAGAAUACGUAUCAGAAGUGAGAAUCAUCAGCAGGUUGAGACACAGAAACUUAGUCCAACUCUUUGGGUGGUGCCAUGAACAAGGUGAGUUCCUUCUUGUUUAUGAAUUCAUGCCUAAUGGAAGUCUGGAUUCCCACCUGUUUGGAAACAAAACCCCGCUUACUUGGACAGUAAGGUACAAGAUAGCCUUGGGUCUGGCUUCUUCUCUCCUGUAUCUUCAUGAAGAAUGGGAACAAUGUGUAGUCCACAGAGAUAUUAAGUCAAGUAAUGUCAUGUUAGACGCAAAUUUCAAUGCAAAACUAGGUGAUUUUGGUCUUGCAAGGCUAGUUGACCAUGAACUUGGGUCUCAAACUACAGUUCUAGCAGGCACAAUGGGGUACCUAGCCCCAGAAUGUGUAACCACAGGAAAAGCAAGUAAGGAAUCUGAUCUUUAUAGCUUUGGGGUAGUGGCCCUAGAGAUCGCAUGUGGAAGAAGACCCAUUGAAAUAAGAGCUGAAGAACCAGGCAAGGUAAGAAUGGUGGAGUGGGUGUGGGACCUAUACGGAAAAGGGACGCUUCUAGAAGCUGCUGAUAAGAAUCUAAACAUGGAAUAUGAUGAGAGACAAAUGGAGUGCUUGAUGAUUGUAGGGUUAUGGUGUUGCCAUCCUGAUCAAAGGAUGAGACCUUCCAUAAGACAAGUCAUAAAUGUGCUCAAUUUUGAAGGUGCUUUUCCAAGUCUUCCUCCCAAGCUUCCAGUUGCUAUGUAUUAUGCUCCUCCCAUGGAAAUGUGCAGAUUCUCAUACACAUCGUCUGGGCCCACUGCAUCAACCAAAGGAUCAUCCUCGUACUCAACAGUAUCAGGAGGAUCCAGAAAGUCCCUCUUGCUAGCACAAUGAUGACUGAUGAUA